AUGGCUAGCUGCAUUACCAGGUCCUCGCUCAGAACCUGGAGACCAUCAAGGCCUGUUCGCCACUCCCUCCCCAAUCACGCUCCCCGCGAUCGCCAACGCUCGCCCCAGCCCGCCGGCAGUCUGCAUCAUGAGCGCAGCUCGGCUACGACCCGGCCUGUAGCCUUGGGGCCGAGGAGACCCUCAGCCCAGCCGACCAGCAUGGCUGUCUCGAGGCCUGCGUCGCCCAGCUCAGCCGGUUCCUCGGUGACAUCCAAGACUACUGCAACCAGCUCAUUGAGGUCUGUGACGGCUGUCUGGCGAUCAAGAAGCGCAGCCACAACCAGAAGCCCCACCAAGCCUCAUUUCAAGCCCGCACCUGGUGCCCGGCCGACAGGCAGAGACAAGCCGAAGACGCCCCAGAAGCCCAACAAACGGAAGAAGGCCCGUUGCCCGCCGCCUUCGCAAAGGGUCGGCGGCGCGCCGUGGGACUCGGACGGACCCCUCCACAAAGCCGACAACAACCCCGCUGUCCGUGCUAGGCCACGCAAGAAGCCUGGACAAGGAGCAUCGGGCCAAAUGUGCGACCGCAGAGUGAUGGGCGCGUUGGCCGGAGGAGCUGCUGGAGGACUGCUCGGAAAGAAGCGGUACUAUUGGUGGCGCUAUCAUGGGCAGCUUACUCAAGGAUGCCAUGAAGAAGAAGAGCCACGGCCACCAUUGGUUGCUCUUCCUUCUUUCCUCUCUCUAUGCCAUGUCCCUCGGCCUUCCUGCCAUGUAAAAUAA